AUGCAUCCCACCCUCGCCCUCCUGCUCCCCAGCCUAGCAGCCCUAGCCACCGCAUCCCGCGCCGCCGCCGACCCCUCCGCCGUCUUCUACGCGGAGCUCUUUAGCACAACGGCCGACUGCAGCGGGACCACCGGCAUCAAGGCGUUUCUAUACAGCCGCGGUGCGUGCCAGAACACAGCCACGCCAGGCAUCGGGUCCGCGCGCGUGCGAUACAACGAGCGGCCGGAUACGCUUUCUCUGUCGGGCUGGACUGGGCCUGGUUGUACUGGCGACUCGGUGGUGGUAGGCCCAACGGUAGGCGUGUGUGUGGCGCUUAAUGGGACGGCGGUUGCGAGUUGGUCUUAUUAG